AUGGCCUCUGAGGCUCCAACGGGGCCCUCGGCCGUGGCGGCCGCCAAUGCCACGGCGCCGGCGGCAGCGUGGGCCAACCUGUUCCACGAGUUCGCGGCGCUGGACGAGGACCUGCACCGCGCCUUCCCGGGCCUGUGGCUGGCGCUGCUGGCCGUGCACAGCGUCGUCUCCCUCGCGGGGCUGGCGCUCAACGGGCUGGCGCUGUACGUGUUCUGCUGCCGCACGCGGGCCUCCACGCCCUCCGUCACCUACACCAUCAACCUGGUGGUGACCGACCUGCUGGUGGACCUGUCGCUGCCCACGCGCUUCGCCGUCUUCUACGGCACGCGGGGCUGCCUGCGCUGCGCCUUCCCGCACAUCUUCGGCUACUUCCUCAACAUGCACUGCUCCAUCCUCUUCCUCACCUGCAUCUGCGUGGACCGCUACCUGGCCAUCGUGCAGCCCGAGGGCUCCCGGCGCUGGCGCCAGCCCGCCUGCGCCCGGGCCGUGUGCGCCCUCGUGUGGCUGGCGGCCGGCGCCGUGACGCUGUCGGUGCUGGGCGUGGCGGCCGGCGGGCCCUGCUGCCGGGUCUUCGCGCUGACGGUGCUGGAGUUCCUGCUGCCCCUGCUGGUCAUCAGCGUGUUCACCGGCCGCAUCCUGUGCGCGCUGUCGCGGCCGGGCCUGCUGCGCCAGGGCCGCCAGCGCCGCGUGCGGGCCAUGCAGCUGCUGCUCACGGUGCUCGUUAUCUUCCUGGUCUGCUUCACGCCCUUCCACGCGCGCCAGGUGGCCGUGGCGCUGUGGCCCGACCUCCCCCGCCACGCCAGCAUCGUGGUCUACCACGUGGCCGUGACGCUCAGCAGCCUCAACAGCUGCAUGGACCCCAUCGUCUACUGCUUCGUCACCAGCGGCUUCCAGGCCACCGUGCGCGGCCUCUUCCGCCGGCGCGUGGCCGAGGGGGAGCCCGGAGCCGGCGCCCCGGUCGGCGUGCGCAAGAGCUCCCUGGGCUCGGGCCACCGCCGCAUCCUCGGCGCCGGCCCUGGUGCCCUGACCCAGGCCCUGGCUAAUGGGCCCGAGGCAUGA